AUGGUGCCGCGACCCGGGAGUACUACUUCGAAUGACGGGCUAACGAUCCAAGAGGCAUCGGAGGCAGGUGCGCGGUCGGCUGGAAGGUCGCCGACUGCAGGAGAGCACAGUGAGAGACCUGUCGCGUCGUGGAGCUCUGAGGGAACUUUCACGACAGGCCACGGGGCCAGCGACGACCAGGAGGGCUACGAAGAACAGUUUGCCGUUCCCUAUCUGGCUCCCGACGAGGGAGCGGCGAAGGGCCGCGACGUAAGUCGCGGUCCUACUGGUCGGAAGCCUGCAAAGGCCGACGACCAACAACAACCCACCGCCAAGGCCGCCGCCAAGCGCAAGUCGCCCAAGAGGAGGAAGAAGAAGAAUCUGCGCGCGUCGGACUCGGCGGAAGCGUCGCUGUCCAAGCCGCAAGGCAAGGACGCGGGGCGCCAGUACACCGUCGAAGAGGUGCGGUACGUCGUGGCGCGCACUGAGCUCUUCCGGCUGCUGGAGCAAGACCCGAUCUUGGUCUUCCUCAAGCCCAUGCUGAUGAGCAACUUCACGGGCCCCUUCGUCGCGCCGGACUUCGAUAGUCUCACCAGCGUCGCCCACGCCGCGCCGAUUCUCUUCCAGAUGCUGCGUGAUUCGGGAUUCGUGCUGGGAUCUUUCGAGAUGGAGAAGCUGUGCGACUGGGACCUCAAGUCCUGGUUGCGCGCGAUUCGCGUCGUGCAGGAGCCAUUGACGAUUCUCGCCGGAUCCGUCAAACAAGACGCGACGAGUUUCUCAGCGGGCCAAGACGCGCCGAGUUCCUCGACGGGCUCAGCCCAGACCUCGACGACCACGCCCUCGCCGCCACCUCGAUACCAAUCGAGUGUGGACUUCAAUAGCAGCUUCGAGUCGCGCAAGCGCAAGUCUCCGGAGAAGCUCUGCGCGCCGGAUUCAGCGGAUGGACCGCCGGUCAAGGCGAGAGGCGAUGACACGGGGAAUCAGUUCACCGCGGCAGAGAUGAGGUAUAUGCUUGCUGGAGUGGAGCUGAUCCGGCUGCUGGAGCACGAUCCGAUCCUGCGUUUCAUCAAGCCCAACGCGAUCAAGUUCACGGGUCCUUUCCGGGUGCCGGACUUUGACAUGCUCACGAGCGUCACGCGAGCCGCAGGGACACUCUUCGCGAUGUUGCACGAAUCAGGCUUCGGCUUGGGCAUCACCGAGAGGACGGGGGUGUAUGACUGGGACAUCGAGUCGUGGACACGUACGAUCCGCGGCGUCUUGGGACAGUUGACGGUCCUGGUCGGAUCCAUCCAACGCAAGGUGACUCCGCCUGGGACGGGCCCAAUCUCAACGCAGAUGAUAACUUCGUCCCAGGCUGAGUCGAGCGUGCAUUCCACGUCGAGGUCCAAACCCCGACGCGACGUAGAUGACGAACCCGCCGACUUGUUUGACGUGGACUUCGGGAUGCCGAAAACCACGGCCGCGACCUCAACCACGACUUCACCGGAACUGGACGAGGUUUUCAACCAUCUGAGCGAGCCGCCGCGCGCUACGUCGUGA